GUUGAGGAACAGACAGAUAGGAAGACAGGACCGGACGUGCACGACGGCGCUAUCCUCUUGCGAGUACAGGCUGGGGUGCCUUGAAUACGAAAUACAGUAGUAAGGCAAUCAUGCUAACUGUAUGAUAUGCAAACAAGCCUUGUUUGCGCCCGCAUAAAGAAAAGAAAACUAAUGUGCGCGGAACCUUUGUAAUGACCGAAGCUUCGGUUGAGGAUUGAAUGACCAGCAUUUGCCAGGAACUCCGUUGAGACGCUGAGGACCAGGCGAAGGUGGUCAGUGGUCACUGGUCAGACUAGUGGCUGAGUUUGUACAUGAUGCAAUGGCCGGUAGUUUCUGUGGUGCUGGUGGUGUACACUACAGGCCCGCCUGUUACUUCAGCCCAGUUUACAUUUAUAACAAGACCUUUCUUCUUCUUUUCUGCCUUAAGUUUUUUCGCGAAAUGAGAAAAUUGACAGAACCUGAAUUCUGGCAUGGACUGGCAGUUGGAAGCACACCCACAUAAACAAUUCUUCUCCAGAUUUUUAACACACCUGACCCCAGAUCAAACUAACACAAAACGAACACAAAACAGAUCCCAAUCAAUUAUUAUUCAAAGCCCAUUUGCCUUUAAAUAACGCGCGCGGCACUCGCAUUAUUGUCGCACAGGCCAAUAAUCCCAAGCUCCCCUUGCUUAAAAAACAAGCUCCACCAAGGCAAGCAACUAGCUGGCUUAGCUUGCUUGCCAGCCAUCAUCUGCCAAGCUUAGCUCUUGGGUCGAUCUCCGGGCAGCAAUGGAAGCCCCACUCCUCCUCCCCAUCUCCACCGGUGCUUGCUCCUCCUCGAGCUCCAUCGCCGUCUUCGAUGACGAUGACAACAUCAUCACCACCACCAGCUCCUCGUCGUCCUCCCCUUCCGCCGGGAGCAUCGCCGCUCGCUACCUGGCCGUGCUCGCCAUCGCGGCCGUGUCUCUGUUCGCGCAGCACGAGGCCUCCAAGGGCUUCCGCAUCGACGUCCUCAGCGCCGGCGCCGGCGCUGCGGGCCGGCGCUUCGACCUGCUCUUCGUCUCCAACGGCCGCGCCGAGCGCCUGCUGCUCCGCGCCAGCCGCGCCGUCGAGCAGCAGCUCUUCCCCGACGCCUCGUUCCCGCGCCGCCGCCUCGCGCGCGUCACCGUGCGCCUCAUGGCCGCCGCCGUCGGCGACCAUAACCUCAGCGCCGCCGACGCCACGGUGGACGCCAUUGCCGCCGCCCGCGGAGGAGGAGAUCAGUUUGAUUACGUAAUUUCGCUGAACCCCGGCCUCUUCUCCGGUUACGGCGCCGGGGAAGAAGACGUCAGGGCGGCCGUGGCCAGGGCUUUGCGGCGUGCCGUGGCGCGGAUGUGGCUGUGGGACGGCCGCGGCGCAGCCCCGGCGCAUGUCACGGAAUCCAUGGUGGAGUACCUGGCCGCCAUGGCCGACGGCGCCGCCAUCGAGGUCCCUUGCCUGCCGUCGUCUUCUUCGUCUCCGUCUCCGGCGGAAGAGGAGCACGUGGCCGCUACGCGGCGCACGCAUUGCGUGUUCUCGGCGCGGCUCGUGAAGCACCUGGAGGAGCAGCGGCGGGGCGGCGGGUUCGUGGCGCGGCUGAACCGGGCGAUGCGGGACCGGUGGAGCGACGCCGCCGUGGACGCCGCGCUCGGGGCGCCAGCGCGGCCCAUCUGCGAGGCCUUCCUCGCCGCCGCCGGCCAGCGACGACCGUCCGUUGACUCCACGGUGGCUGCGGCAGCGUGAGCACGACGAGGGCAGUUUGGGGCCAAUAAUAUCUAUCUGUCCGUGAUGAGUGUGCAUGCACGUGUUAGGUAUACCACGGGCUCCUUGUGUAAUUAAUCAGCCAUCAUUAUGGGUUGCUGUUAAGUAUGGUUAAGGGCAUAACCGCGUCCCCCUAAUUGUGGCGCGAGACGAGUUUACAGGUCGCUCUCCGAGUUUAAGGAAGUUGUGAGAGUAGAUCCAAAUGGCAAAUGAUAGCAGCGUGUUGAUGUCAUUGCUAGAGGGAAUGCUGCUCCACUGUAGAUCUUUUUUCUUGCUUGCGUUGAAGAGUAUAUACAUACAUGGUGGUCUCAAAUGAUUCUUGUUC